CUGCCCUCGAAAUGCUCGGCGCUUCUUCUCCGUUAAAUCUGUACCCCUCCUCCCCCCCCCCUCACUUUCUUCUCUAAGUCCACAUUCCUACACCAAACCAACGGCGAAAGGAAAUCAAAGAAGGGAUCAAGGAAGAUACCUAGAUGUGCCGAUCCACCAUGGAGAGGAUCGCCAGGUACGAGCCCCUCAAGAUCCGAGGCUUCUACCUCCGCGUGCCAGUCGCCGCCCGCCAGAUUCCGCUUGCGGAGGCGACCACCCUCGUCUUUCUUCCGCGCAUCGAUGGCAACUUGCUCGAGGUCAAUGGCUCCCGGAUCCGGGCCGAGGCCGCGGCCAUCGUGCCGCUCCACCGUAUCCGGUCGGCGGAGGGAGGCGACGGGUCGGAGGCAGUGUUCGGCAGCACGGACCGGGUGAUGACCGGCGAGGGGGUGCGGUUCGAGGCGUACAUUGGGGAUGAGAAGGCACUGGGAGGGGUGUUCCGAAGGGGCGAUGGAGGGUGGGAGAUGGAGUUGCGGUGCUCGACGGAGGGGGAUGCGGGGGUGGCGGCGGCGACGGAUGUGUGGGUGGUCGGGGAGAAAGGGCUGUCGAUGAGGCAGAGUGUGGUGGGAGUGAGCCGGCGGGGGAGGAGAAAGCGAUUAUGUUUGAGGCUGGAGGAGAUACCGGAAGAGGAGGAGGGGUGCCAUUGCUUGUGCUGCGAGGAGGAGGAGGAGAGUGGAUGGGAGAUUGUGGGAUCGAAGGAAGGAGAUUUCGAAGAGGAGGAUGUUGAGCUGGGACUGGAAGGCGUAAGAUGGGCCGUUGAUGUGGGGAUCUGGGUGGUCUGCUUGGGGGUGGGCCUCUGGGUUUCCAGAUCGUCUUACAGGAGCCUGAGAAGGAAACUACUUUGAUUUUUUUCCUUUCAUUUUUCAUUUUAAUUUUGAGUUUUUUCUCUGCUCCCUUUUUGAUCUGUUGUUCUCUGGAGAGGUUCUUUGUUGCUUGAUUGUGUGUACAGUCGAAGGUAGAAGGAUCGAAGAGAUCCACAUGCAUAUAAAACGGCUUUACAAGUCCUGUUUAGUUAUUUAUUUUCAACCUUAUUGCCGUUGUGAUAAUCAUAUUCAAAUUCGUUUGCUUUGCCUGA